AUAACAAACAAAACAAUGCCAUUUUCUCGUUUUGUUCUAUGCUGAUGAGUUUUUUUUAUUCAUAUAAAGUUUAUUUAAAAUAUCACAAUGGCUGCAACAACAAAACUGAAGUCAAAACAUACAACAGUAAAUACCAAUCAAAAAACCUUGGAGCUUGUUCAAGCAAUCGAUGAAACAGAUGAAAUGAAGUUGAAAAUGCUUGGUGCUCUUGAUAAGCCUGAAUCUGGUGAUUCUCUGUAUCCUGCUGAGCUAAAUGCACAUCUGUGUGAUCAGCUGAGGAUGAUGACUUGUGAAAAUAGUGAGCUAAGAAAAUGUGUCUUCACAAAAGACGAAGAAAUAAGUCAACUCAAUAAAACAGUAAUUGAAUUGAAUCAAAGAAUUCGCGAUAUAAUUUCUGGUACUGGCCCAGCUAUCUCUUCAAAAUCAGCAGGUGUUAUAAGUGCUAAAAUCACCGAUCUUUGUAAACAAAACCGACAUUUAGUUGCUGAAUUGGAAGGCUACAAGACUAAGAAUGCUGCCCUGGAAAGAAAACUAAUGCAACUUGAAAUACUUAAAAGAGAAAGUGAAAAACUGGACGUGUGCGUAUGCAAAGAGGAACCUAUAGAUGUGAAUUCAGAUGAACUGAAAGAUCUCAAUAAUAAACUAGCAGCAGUUAACAAGAAGCUUUACGAUAGUAAAAACCGAAAUUUAGAACUGAAGAAUGAUAUUUUAAUCGCUACUAAAAUUUUGCAACAGGAGCUUGGAGAUAAGUUUACAAGCAUUAAAGAGCUGCAGAAGGAUCUCGCAGGGUGGAAAGGCAGGGCCCAACAAAUUAUACUUCUGCAAAGUAGGAUUAAUGAACUUGAACAGAAAUUAAAUGGAACUCAAAAGGAUUUAAUUGAUGCAAAAAGGAAGGAUCAAAGUCAGGUUAUACGAGAUUUGGAAAUAAAGAGAAAACAAGAGGUAGACCAAGCUAUGAAAGAAUUAGGCUCCCUUCGAAUAGCCAAUGAAGAGCUCAAAAAGAAGCUAGAUGCUGCUAAAUGCAGAGUCAGAAAUCUAGAAUGUGAUACGAUCACUAUACGGCAAAAGAUGCAGACUUUCAUGGAAAAGAGCAAACAUGACGACUUACUUAUAAAUGAGCAACGAAACAAAAUCAAAAGCAUAGAGAUGCAUUAUCAGGACAUUCUGAAAAGUAAUACAGGUAAAAUGAAAAAAAUGCAAGAUGAAAUAUCAGAAUAUAAGAAGAUGAUUUCCAACACAGAUUCCAAAAUCAAUGCUAUGAUGAAACAGGCUUCUGAGAAAUCAACUAAAAUCGAAGAACUAAGAGCUCAGCUGUUAAAAUACGAAGAGUGCUCUCUACAAAGUGUCUUCUUCACACCAAUGAAGACAGCUACUGAUAAUGAAAUACAAAAACUUUCUGAACUUGUGAAAGAGCUUAACGGUAGACUCACUGAAGAGAGACAAAAACUUGAUGAAUUGGAUGUGGAAAAUAAAAAACUGAAGGAGCAAAAGCGAAAAUUUGAACGCAAAGCAGACUCAUUGAAAGAGCAACUUCAGGAUUUAGCUAAUUCGCGAAAAGGAUCCCGUAUGUCUAAAAUAUCCGUCAAUAAAUUCAAAGGUAGUGAAACUACUAUAGGGCAAGCUUCUACAUCGAAAAAAGAUUAUGCUGGACAUUCCAUGGAAGACCAAACUGAUGAUGAAUCAGUAACCACUGAUGAAUUAAAGUUUAAACUAGAACUAGCGGGUGAAAGAUUGAAAAUAAUGGAGGAUAGACUGAAAAUGGUAGAAGAAGAAAAACAAGAAGAUUUAAACAGCUUGACUGAAAUGAUUCAGACGUCGAAACAAUUAUUUCACGAAGCAUUGCAAAUCUUACAAAAACAUAAGUGUGUGUGUUCUUAAAUCCUCAUUCACAAGUUCAUUUUAUAUUAUUAGUACUUAACUAACUAGAUAGAUUAGAUACUUCGGCUAUUAAAUUUAAUGUCUCUAUUUUUUCUA